AUGGCGACGAGGAACCGGACCUUGCUUUAUAGGAAGUACAGGGAUGCGUUGAAGACCGUCCGUGCUCCGACGAGCUCGUCCGCUUCGACGUCCACCAGCUCCGGCGGUGGUCCGGUCAUUGAAUUGGUCAGCACUUCGCUUCUGCAUCCGAAUCGGUCUUAUGCUCCCCUCAGUACUGAGGAUCCCGGUAAUUCAAGUAAGGGUGCACUUACUGUUGGUCUACCACCGGCAUGGGUGGAUCUAUCUGAAGAAAUAGCAGUAAAUGUGCAGCGUGCAAGGGUAAAAAUGGCUGAGCUGAACAAGGCUCAUGCAAAGGCUUUAAUGCCUUCAUUUGGAGACGGUAAAGAAGAUCAACGCUUGAUUGAGGGUCUUACGCAAGAGAUAACUAGUCUGAUCAGGAAAUCUGAGAAGAGACUACAGAGACUCUCUGCAGCUGGGCCUUCUGAAGAUUCAAAUGUUAGAAAAAAUGUGCAGCGAUCUCUUGCCACUGACCUUCAGAACCUCUCCAUGGAACUUCGGAAGAAACAGUCAACUUAUUUGAAGCGUCUCAGGCAGCAAGCAGAGGGUCAGGAUGGGGAUGAUUUAGAGAUGAACCUAAAUGGAAAUAGAUCCAGAAUGGAUGGUGAUGAUUUGGAUGACAUGAUGUUUAAUGAGCGUCAGAUGGCCAAGCUAAAGAAAAGCGAAGCGUUCACAGCAGAAAGGGAAAGGGAGAUCCAACAGGUUGUGGAAUCUGUGAAUGAACUUGCUCAGAUUAUGAAGGAUUUGUCAGUACUAGUGAUAGACCAGGGAACUAUUGUUGAUAGGAUAGACUACAACAUUCAGAACGUAGCAAGUACGGUUGAGGAUGGCCUCAAGCAAUUGCAAAAGGCUGACAAAACGCAGAAACAAGGGGGGAAUGGUGAUGUGUGCUACAGUACUCGUUAUCAUGUGCUUUAUCAUGCUGGUCCUCCUAAUCCUCAAGGAGAUAUUCUUGUGAUCUGA